AUGACGACCAUGGAUUUGCGUGUCGGUAACAAGUACCGCAUCGGCCGUAAGAUCGGCAGUGGUUCUUUUGGUGACAUCUACCUGGGCACCAAUAUCAUCUCUGGCGAGGAGAUCGCCAUCAAGCUUGAGAGUGUCAAGGCCAAGCACCCCCAGCUCGAAUAUGAAGCCCGCGUCUACAAGUCUCUUGCCGGUGGUGUCGGUAUCCCCUUCGUUCGCUGGUUCGGUACCGAGUGUGAUUACAAUGCCAUGGUUAUCGACCUCCUGGGUCCCAGUCUGGAGGACCUGUUCAACUUCUGCAACCGCAAGUUCUCGCUCAAGACAGUCCUCCUGCUGGCCGACCAGCUCAUCUCCCGCAUCGAGUACAUUCACGCCAAGUCGUUCAUUCACCGUGAUAUCAAGCCCGACAACUUCCUGAUGGGUAUCGGUAAGCGCGGCAACCAGGUCAACGUGAUUGAUUUCGGUCUUGCCAAGAAGUACCGGGACCCCAAGACCCACUUCCACAUUCCCUACCGUGAGAACAAGAACCUCACUGGUACUGCCCGUUAUGCCAGUAUCAACACCCACUUGGGUGUCGAGCAGUCACGCCGUGACGACAUGGAGUCGCUUGGAUACGUGAUGCUUUACUUCUGCCGUGGCUCUCUGCCCUGGCAGGGUCUGAAGGCGGCUACCAAGAAGCAGAAGUACGACCGCAUCAUGGAGAAGAAGAUGACUACCCCCACCGAGGUUCUGUGCCGCGGUUUCCCCAACGAGUUCGCCAUCUACCUGAACUACACGCGUUCCCUCCGCUUCGACGACAAGCCCGACUACUCUUACCUACGCAAGAUCUUCCGUGACCUUUUCGUCCGUGAAUCCUUCCAGUAUGACUACGUCUUCGAUUGGACCGUCUACAAGUACCAGAAGAACGCCGCCAUGAUUGUGGACGCCACCAAGAAGGACAAGGAUGACGAGCAGGCCCGCCGCCAGGGUGCUGCUGCUGGCCCCAUGGGUACCAGCGGUGCCGCCAAGCCCGGUGCCAUCUCGGGACAGCGACGCAAGGUCAUUGACCGCGGUACCCUCGACAACACUCCGGACACCAACCGUGCCGUGGGAGGAAGUGACAGGAUGCUGCGUUCUGCCUCGAAGGGUGCUGCUUUAGGUUAUGGACCUUCUGGUGGCCGUUCGAAGCGGGACGAUGGUACGGGGGCUCAGUGGUACUAA